AUACCUAGCGGUGUCAAACAUUAAAUCUGUAGAAAUUGUACUAUAAUUCCUAUUUUUUUUUCUGUUGUCGUUGUAAGUUGAAAUCGUGUGCAUAAAAGAACAAUUAAUGUAAUAUUGUAAAACGUUGCGUCAUUAUCUUUUGGACAUUACAUUAUUUUAUAAGCGGGAUAUGGAUCCGUUGUGUGUAGUGCGUAUAUCCGUGGUCAAGUUAUGCGACCCGUCAAUACCUAAUGCGUGCGUUGAAAUUGUUAUUAUCUUUGCAGUCGUACGAGUCCCUUGUCGUAGCGGUAUGCGCAUUGAGUGUCGAAAUAUUUGUCAUCGCCCGGAUACUAAUCUUUUGUUGGCGCGGAGGGUAACCUAACGUGAGCUUGUUUCACUCUCGUUUGCCUCUGGUCGUGGUAACCUUUGUUGCUAUCACACAUAACCGUGAACGUUAUCAGUUGUAAUCGUGGUUGUUAUCGGUUCGUGAAAAAAAAAGUAAACAGUUGUGCGUAGUCCGUUGGUGUGGAGUUGCCGUUGCUUGGGUCCCGGUUGUUAAAAUUAACGCCACUAUGUCGAUGGGUAAUGAAUUAAGUGAUCCCAUUCUAAACAGUGGAGUGUGUCACACACAUACAUACAGCGAAUUACAUAGUCUUGUUUCGAAAAUCCGUGAUCAGGUCCAGGUAUUGACCUAUAUAAUAAAUAUUUCGUCGAAGGAAUUGGAAGUGUUGGACGGUUUAUCAAACACAACGAUGGGACCAAAGCCGAGAAUACGUGAAUUUCGAGUGAUGCCAAAAUUAAAUACGUCGAUUACUUACUUCACGGGACGAGAGACUCCUCAGCAGGCCGAAAAUUGGCUGUCGGAUGUCAAGGGCAUUGCGUCGGCUAAUGAAUGGCCGAUUAAUACCCGGUUACAUUUUGUUCGAACAAACUUACGGGCAGCUGCUCGCGAUUGGUUCAGUGAUAGGAAUUUCAUGGAUUGGUCCGAUUUCGAACUUCGAUUCCGAACCACUUUCAUACUCAAUACAAAUACAUUGGACCGCUAUGACUUGCUGAAGGCGCGUGUCCAGAAGGAAAACGAAUGCGUUAUGGAUUAUUUCCCAUCCAAGGUACGUAUGUGCCGCCAACUAGCACUUCCGUUCGUUGAAACAAAAGACCAAUUGCUAAAAGGGUUAUUUUGGCACGAUAUGGCUUUGUACGCUUUGGGAAGAGUUCACCAGUCAAAAAAAGAACUUCUCCGCGAUUUGCUAAAAUGUGAGAGGAGGAAAUCAACUCAUUCGCGGCGUUUCAUGUGCAUUGUUAAUAAAACUAGAAUGCCCGGGCAAACAAUUGUCCCAAAAACCUAUGGGAAGAUGCGGACUCGUUCAUGUCAGCGAAUGGGCCAAAUAAGUGCUAGAGUGAUUGAAUCGGAUGCGCCCAAGAAGAGUUGGUUUGCUAUUAUGGCUCGUGUGAUACAAUUGAAAUCCUGGCAAUUGGAUAGUGAAUAUGGCGAAGAAAUGGAGCUGGAAGAAAAUAGUGACGAAUCUGGAGAAGAAGAUGAGACGACGCUGUGCAGACCAAUCAGGUUGCGAAGGCCCCCAAGUUGGAGGAGAGAUUAUAUCUGACCCACCUGUAAAGCUGUUAACCCUACUGUUAUCACUUCUGAUAUGUACUGCAUUUGUUAUUAUUUUUAUUUUGGGGGGUUUUUUUAUAAUUACCUUAUUAAGAUUUUAUAAUUUUUACAAGGGGUCAUUCAUUAAAGAAGUUAGUGUACAAAUCAUAGGAAGUCCAGGAAU